AUGAGUACCGACGAGAAUAAUCCCUCUGGCAAUCUUUCACGCAAGUGUUGUGGUUCAGCCCUUCAGAUGGGUCCAUGUAAAAAGGUAGUUUCAUUAAAUCCCCUUGUUCUCCAGGGUCAGCAUUUUGGUCAGAUGGUGUUUGCAUUGUUCAACUACCCUGCCCUUCUGAUGUCAGGUAUACUCCGACUUGAGGAAUCACAGGACUUUCUCAUAGAGGAUUAUCCUGCAGAGGUAUUCAUGGAGUUACUGGAUUCUUAUCCUGGCCUCUUGGAUCGUCUGAUGAACAGAGAGGAAGAGGAUAUUAUCCAUGUCAGAGAAUUGUCUGACUGGGGGUUUAACCAUGAAGUAACGGGCGCGUUGCUUUGCCCUGCAGGCCUUGACUGGUCAAAUAUGGAAAUGAAGGAGAGUCUCAAGAGCGGUGAAACCGCAGUUCGUGGUGACCAGUGGCCUAUAUUCUUAUAUGCAGGUUAUGGAUUAUUGAGGAGCGAUAUACUCAUCUUUGUUUUCAAACAUGUAUUUACAUCGCCAAGCUUGGUGGACAAGGAGCCAAAGGCUACAUGCUCCGGUAAUGUGUACCUCCAUGGCAUGAAGUCUGUAACUAAAGGAUCCUUGGCCUAUAUUGCCACCCAGUCAGUAUUCUCCCAUACUGACACAGUUAUGGACUCGGAAAAUUUCUAUCAUAGCAUUCUGGACCUGUUAGAAGAUCCUGAUGAAAGUGAGGAAGUAGGCAACCUAAUGAUGUGUCAUGUUUUUCCUAAUUCUUCAUCGUCACAGUGUAGCAUUAGCAAGAACAGUGCGCUCUUGAAGAUUUGUGAGAAAUGUGCUGCCCUUCAAGAGCAAGUUACUAGUGUCACAAAUUAA